AUGAUUCCAGCAAAAUCUGCCAUGCAUGGUCGACACCGCGAGUCUUUCGGCUCAGAUGCAGCAUCCGGAGCAGAGCUUGAUACGGAGUCUUUUGACGUUCCAGUCAUAGAGACGGACGACCCCCUGUUCAUAGUGAUCCCCAAACUUUCCUAUUGUAUUGAGACAGCUAUUGGCGAUAUUGCUUAUUCUUUCGAGCAAAUGCGACUUGAUGCCCGAGGACAUAGCCUGCGACAUUUAAUUCGAGUUCUCGCAAGGGAUACUCACAACCCGUUUAUCAUCAUAGCUUUAAUGAUCUUGAGGUGGGAUUAUUCGAUGACGACUGAGGACGACUGGGGCCUCAAUGAAAGUCGUGGGGCAGCUUGCGAAUUUGUUGCGUGGCAAUUUUUAUGUCAUCUCAAUCAAAGGGAGACAAUUGAGUUUCUCUUGGAGGAGCUUCCCAGCUCAAGACGCGGAUCAGCCACAUUCUCUGAGCCCGAAACUGGACUUCCUUCUGACCUUGCAAGAGCCUCGAUCGAGUCCGCUCCAUUGCUUGCAGGCCGUCCUCUACGAGGUCGACCGGACCCCAAGCCAGUUAGUUACGGGUCCUACUGCCAGAACGUCAACAGCCAUUCAGGUUCGCAGAUCGAUCAUGCGGACGAUUGUGAUAUGUCUCGAUUCUCCCGGUUCUUUGGGUUGAACGCGCUAGAAAUUGCAUCUAUCGCAGGUGCCAAGAGAUUUCUUAGCCAGCGCGUCGUGCAACGUGUGGUCAAUGACAUUUGGAACGGUGAAAUUAUGUUCUGGGAUUCUCUUACAGUUCACUCGAUGAAAAAGCCACAGAUUUUUAACAGAAAAACCGCUGAUCCAUACUCGCGCCUACGAGUACCUUUAUACCGCAAAAUGUUUGAGGCGGGGUUUUUCCUCUCAUUCCUUUUUCUGUACUACUCGGUCCUUGUUGAGCGCAAGCCCGAUGGCCUGGGAUCCUUUGAGAUCUUGAUGGACGUCUGGAUAGUUGCCUUUGCUUACGACGAGCUGAGCGGAUUCAUAGACGCAGGAAUCAUGUUCUAUCAGAUGGACUUCUGGAGCCUUUGGAAUCUGGGGAUCAUUGGCGUGGGAGUCGGCUUCAUCGCCACUAGGGCCGUUGGGCUCAUAAAAGGCAAUGACUUCGUAUUGGAUCUGUCAUUCGAUAUCCUAUCACUCGAGGCAUUGUUCCUCGUUCCAAGAAUUUGCUCCCUCGUGAGCCUGAACUCGUAUUUCGGUAGCCUAAUUCCGGUGUUGAAGGAAAUGACAAAGGCAUUUUUUCGGUUCUUGCCCGUUGUGAUAGUCUUGUACAUUGCCUCCCCUAGGCUGGGAGCAAUUUUUGACCUUAUGCAAAUGUGCGCAGGAUUCCUGACCACAUUCACAAUGCUGGCCCGUGACCGGUUGUCUCUCAAGCAAAUGUCGUGGAUGCUAGUAAAGGUCUUCUUUGGAUCCGGAUCUCUCGGUCUAGACAGCGCGUCAGAGAUUUCCCCGAUUUUCGGUUAUGGCUUGAUGAUGAUCUUCGUCGCCAUGACCAAUAUUUUGCUUCUCUCAUCUCUCAUUAGUUUGAUGAGCAUGAGCCUAGAAGGAGUGAUGCGUCACGCUCGUGAGGAAUACCUCUUUCAAUUAUCCAUAUACGUUUUGGAAAGCAGCAACUCGCGACGGCUCACAUACUUCAUGCCUCCAUUGGUCAGUCACGACCCUGUUUCAGGCUUCACUUUGUGA